GUUUAUUUAUUUAAUAAUUAAAAAUUGAAUAAUUAAAAAACAAUUGAAAUGUCUGGCAUCGGUAACAUUAGUCUUUAACUUUAUAUAAGAUAACCUUUGCACCAUAAAAAUGGCUCUGAAAUCAGGCAUGUCUUCGAAAGCAGCUGCCAACGAUGACAGAAAAAGUAAAACCGACACAUUAUCAAAAGAGUUUAAUCCAAAAAUUGAAUAUGAAGUGAUCCAAGCAAGAUUUAAGGACGAGUUCAUUAAGAGAUGGGAAACCAUGAAAUCUUCGCCUGAAACUGGACUGGAGGGUUUUAUCGAAAUUGCUACACUGGGUUCAGGAUCAUUUGGAAAGGUGAAACUAGUUAAAGAAAAGAAGUCUUUGCACUAUUUUGCUGCGAAAAUAAUGAUAAAAGACCAAAUAGUAAAAACGAAGCAAACUACACAUAUAUUUAAUGAGAAAAGGGUCUUACACUCUGUACGGUUUCCGUUUUUAAUAAAACUAGAGUUUUCUACAAAAGACAACGAUAAUGUAUAUUUGGGUUUACCGUUUGUUAAUGGUGGAGAAUUAUUUACUUAUCAUCGAAAGGUAAGAAAGUUUAAUGAAAAACAAGCACGGUUUUAUGCAGCUCAGGUAUUUCUCGGACUGGAGUAUUUGCACAACGUAGACAUUUUGUACAGAGAUUUAAAGCCAGAAAAUAUAAUGAUUGAUGAUAGAGGAUAUCUAAAAGUAACUGAUUUUGGAUUUGCAAAAAAAGUUGAGGGUCGUACACUAACACUAUGUGGUACACCAGAAUAUUUAGCUCCGGAGAUUAUACAAUCGAGGCCUUAUGGUACUAGUGUAGAUUGGUGGGCCUUUGGUGUGUUAAUUUAUGAGUUCGUAGCAGGUAGCUCACCAUUUGCUCCUCAUAGCCGUGAUGUUAUGUUUAUGUACUCGAAAAUAUGCGAUGGUGAAUAUAAAAUGCCGUCAACUUUUAGUCAUAGCUUGAAAGAACUAGUGGACAACUUGUUGCAAGUCGAUUUAUCGAAAAGAUACGGAAAUUUGGUGAAAGGUUGUAAUGAUAUAAGAGAUCAUGAUUGGUUUAAAGGAACAGAUUGGUUUGGUAUACUGAAUCAAGAAGUAAAUGCUCCAUAUGUCCCAGCGAUAUCUAAUAUAGAGGAUUUAUCCAAUUUUGACAAAUAUCCCGAAUCGAAGGCCAGCGCAAAAUCAAAAGUAAAUAAGCACGCCGACCUUUUCGCCGAAUUUUAAAAAUGAUAGAUUUUCUAUUUA